CCUGUGCAUUCCCGCCAUAAAUAUUGUGAAAAAAGACGCCGGCAAUUUACGGGAGCUCACUCGUUCCAGGCUUAAAGUUGAUUCUGCCUGUUGCUCGACAACUGUUCCGUUGGAAAGAAAUUCAGCAAUAAAACAAUCUCGAUAGUAAUUUGAAUUUCCGUAACAAUGGCGAUGGAAGGUUUUGACCAGGGUUCAGUAUUUUUCUCUGACAAUUUUAAUACAGGCGACAAUGAUCAGAGUGGUAAACAUGUUCUUCAAGUGUUCAAAAAAAAGUUUAAAGACUUUCUCCGCCAAUUUCAUGAGUGUAAUUUCAAUUUUAAAUAUAGGGAUGCCUUGAAGAGGAAUUAUAAUCAGAGGAAGUUCUUUCUAGAAGUCAAUUUAGAAGAUUUAGCUGCUUAUGAUGAAGCUAGUGCAGAAAAGAUUUACAAACAACCAACGGAGUAUUUGCCUGUAUUUGAGGAAGCUGCUAAAGAACUUGCCGACGAGCUUACCACACCAAGACCAAUUGGUGAAGAAAUUGUUGAAGAUAUUCAAAUUUUGUUGAAUUCUGAUGCCAAUUGUAUUCCUAUGAGAGGCAUGAAGCCUGAUACAGUUUCAAAAUUAAUAAAAAUUUCUGGCAUCAUAAUAUCAGCUACUGGAAUUAGAGCCAAGGCUACAAAGAUUGCUAUUCAAUGUAGAUCUUGCAGAAAUGUCAUUCCUAACAUUCCAAUUAGACCAGGCUUAGAAGGAUAUCCUAUGCCAAGACAAUGUACUACAGAACAAGCUGGAAGACCCAAAUGCCCUCUUGAUCCAUAUUUUAUAAUGCCAGAUAAAUGUCAGUGUGUAGAUUUUCAAACUUUGAAAAUGCAAGAGCUUCAUGAACAUGUACCACAGGGAGAAAUGCCCAGACAUACCCAACUUUAUGUUGAUCGUUAUUUGUGUGACCGUAUGGUUCCAGGAAAUAGAGUUUUGAUUCUGGGCAUACUUUCUAUCAGGAAAGUUGCCAAAACUGGUAAGAAUGCUGGUAGAGAUAAAGCUCUUGUUGGUAUUCGGUCAUCCUAUAUUCGCGUUGUUGGCAUACAAAUUGAUGGAGAGCACACUGGUAGUGGUACUCAUCCCCCAGUUACUGCUGAAGAAGAAGAACAAUUUAGAAGAUUAGCAGCAGAUCCAAACUUAUACGAUAGAAUUACAAGAAGUAUAGCUCCCAGUAUUUAUGGAGCAGUUGAUAUGAAAAAAGCUAUAGCUUGUUUACUUUUUGGAGGAUCUAGAAAGAAAAUGCCCGAUGGACUUUGCAGGAGAGGAGACAUUAAUGUUCUUAUGCUGGGUGAUCCUGGUACAGCAAAGUCCCAACUAUUAAAAUUUGUGGAAAAUGUGUCUCCAGUAGGUGUCUAUACAUCAGGAAAAGGAAGUUCAGCUGCCGGUCUUACUGCUUCUGUUAUGAGAGACCCAUCCACAAGAAAUUUUGUGAUGGAAGGUGGUGCCAUGGUACUUGCUGAUGGUGGGGUAGUUUGCAUCGAUGAAUUUGAUAAAAUGAGAGAGGACGACAGAGUAGCUAUUCAUGAAGCUAUGGAACAACAAACAAUUUCUAUUGCAAAAGCUGGUAUUACAACAACCCUGAAUACUCGUUGCUCUGUAUUAGCUGCAGCCAAUUCAGUUUUUGGUCGUUGGGAGGACUCAAAAGGCGAAGAUAAUAUCAAUUUUAUGCCUACCAUUUUAUCUCGUUUCGAUAUGAUAUUUAUCGUCAAAGAUGAUCAUAAUGUUGAAAAAGAUAUUACUUUAGCUAAACAUGUAUUGAAUUUGCAUGCCAAUGCUCAAUCUGUCGAUGAUUCUAAUGCACCUGUUGGCGAAUUAUCGGUUCCUCUGCUGAAAAAGUAUAUCCAUUACUGUAGAGUAAAAUGUGGUCCUCGUCUAACACUAGAAGCUGGCGAAAAACUUAAAAAUCGAUAUGUUAUGAUGAGAUCGUUAGCCGGAAAAGCCGAAAAAGAAGGUGAAAAAAGACUGGCAAUUCCACUCACCGUUCGACAAUUAGAAGCUAUUAUUCGAAUAUCUGAGUCAAUAGCUAAAAUGAGUUUGUUGCCAUUUGCGACCGAAACCCACGUUGAUGAAGCACUAAGACUUUUCCAAGUUUCGACUAUUAGUGCAGCUUCAUCGGGAUCACUUGCUGGUGCCGAAGGUUUUAUAUCAGAGGAAGAUCAUGAUAUGUUAACUCGCAUCGAGAAAAAUUUGAAAAAACGUUUUGCCAUUGGAACUCAAGUCUCACAGAAAAACAUCAUCAAUGACUUUGUAAAACAAAAAUAUCCCGAACAAGCCAUUCUUAAAGUUAUUUAUGCAAUGAUUAAGCGAGGAGAAUUGCAGCAUCGCCAACAGCGGAAGAUGUUGUAUCGAAUUUAUUAAAAGGUUUGAUGACUGUUUUAAACUCUUAAUUUCAUUUAAUGAAAAUUGUUGUAAAAUCAUUAAAAUCAUUGCAUACCGUUAAUUAUCAAUACAUUUAUGUUGCGACAUGGAUUUUUGUAUGUAUUAUAUGAUAUUUAAUAUCCAUUAAUAUAAUUUUAAUUGUGUAAAAUGAAAUGUUUAGUACUCUUGUGAUAUCAUAAGAGCUUAAUUUUUAUCAAUGUGCUGUGUGACUCUUAUUGAAAGUUAGUGUCAUGCUUCGAAUCUCAGUUAUCAUUUUACACUCUUGUUUUCAAAUGUCAAAUAUCACCCAUAUUCAUUUCCUAGAUAUUAGUUUCAGUUAUAAAAUUAUAGCAGGAAACAAUAUUUUCCAUCAUGUCAUAGAUGUCAGGAUUUUAGAGCCUAUGAAGAUAAUUUUAUAUUAAUUAUUUUUCGCUAUUAAUAUCAAAAAUAAAAUUAAUUCCGAAGAUCUGCAUCAAACAUGUUUGUUUGUUGUAUUCUUAAGAAAAAAAAUUAUAAUAAUAAAGAAUCGCGGCACAAACCGAACGCGGGUGUUGUGAGAAGUUUUGUAACAGCCAUUCAAAAAAUAUUUAUCGUAAACUCAGAUGAAAGGUUUAGAAUAAUUACUUUUUCAAAAAAGCUAUAAGUAGCAACGAAAUUGCUCAUAGCACCAGAACGAGGCAUUUUUUAAUUAGAGAAACUCUUUAUGAUAUAUUUUUAUACUAUGAAUGCUUUAGAUAUAUUUGUAAAAUUAUUCUAUUUUAGUGACAUUUAGUUCAAUUUAUUUAUAUAGAUCAACGAAUUCAUCAUCGCUUGAUGAGUAAAUAAACUGUAGUGUAUAAUAAGA